AGUGAAAAUUUUGAGAAGCCUCUGGUUAGUGUCGAAGCCAAAAUCUAGUAUAAAAGAAAAGGAAAACUAAAGAUCAAGCAAAGCAGAAACCAUGCUACAGGGCUCAAAGAUUUACUGACAGCAAAGGACCGUUGUGAGAUGGAUUGAUAAAAUUUGCAUGCUUCCAGUUUUAUGACCCAAAUUCGCAGAGUUUCUGACGUUGUGAGGGAGUGUUGAGUGACAAAUGAUUAGUAGAUACCUGUUGGCGUUUGAAAAUCGAAACCUGAUCCAAAUUCAAGAUGGCGUUUGUUUUUAAGAUGAGAACAUGAGCCAAUGCAAUGCCAAGAGAGAAAGUGGGAUGUUUGGGCCAUAAUGGAAAGGUAAAGAGAGCUGGACUGGGCACGGCAGGGCUCUAAAAAAGCAAAUCUAUGGCAGCUUGAAGAAGAAGUAGUAGUACUGUGUUGUGUAGAGUUCAAGACAAGGCUGCAAGCAGUAGUAGCGAGUGAGUGUGGGUUAUCAAUCUGUCAGACUCGGUUAUGGGGUCGGAGCAGAACAGAUUCCCCCAGCAGCAGCAGGAACAGGAGCAGCGCAAGAGAUGGGGAGGAUGCUGGGGAGCAUUGUCUUGUUUCAGCGUGCAAAAAGGUGGAAAGCGUAUUGUGCCUGCAUCUCGAAUUCCUGAGGGCAAUGCAUCAGCAGCCCAGCCAAAUGGACCUCAACCUGUUGGGCUAACCAAUCAAGCUACAGCACUAGCUCCAUCACUUCUAGCUCCUCCGUCUUCACCAGCGUCAUUUACAAAUUCUGCUCUCCCAUCUACUGCUCAGUCUCCUAGCUGCUUCCUUUCAUUAUCUGCCAACUCACCUGGGGGUCCUUCAUCCACAAUGUUUGCCACUGGACCUUAUGCUCACGAAACACAACUGGUUUCUCCUCCCGUUUUCUCAACCUUCACAACAGAGCCGUCUACUGCUCCUCUUACACCCCCACCAGAGAUGGCUCACUUAACUACGCCCUCUUCCCCAGACGUUCCUUUUGCUCAAUUCCUCACAUCAUCUAGGGAUCUCAAAGGCGCUGAAAAGAACAAUUACAUUGUUGCAUCUGAUCUUCAAUCAACAUAUUCUCUCUAUCCUGGAAGUCCUGCCAGCAGUCUCCUAUCACCAAUUUCUAGGACUUCAGGUGACUGUUUAUCAGCGUCUUUUCCUGAACGUGGUUUUCCCCGGGAGUGGGGUCCUUCAGUUUCUCCCCAAAAUGGAAAAUAUUCAAGGAGUGGAUCUGGCAGGCUUUUUGGGCACGAGACUACUGGUGCCUCCAUGGUGUCACAUGAUUCAAAUUUCUUCUGUCCUGCUACAUUUGCACGAUUUUAUCUGGAACAGAAUCCAAAUACUGGUGGGAGGUUAAGUGUUUCCAAGGAUUCGGAUGUUUACCCUGCUAGUGGAAAUGGACACCAGAACAGGCAUAAUAAAAGUCCCAAGCAAGAUGCAGAAGAAUUAGAAGCUUACAGAGCAUCGUUUGGGUUCAGUGCUGAUGAGAUAAUCACUACUCCUCAAUAUGUAGAGAUUUCUGAUGUAAUGGAGGACACAUUUAGCAUGACUCCUUUUACUUCAGCUAAACCUACCAUGGAAGAAAGUAUGGAAGCUUCAUUUCUGAAUGAGAGUCAAAAAGCAAAUGCAAACUUGCCAAAACAGAAUAGCCUUAAAUUGAAAUCAGAUCUUGCUGACCGGGUAGUAUGCUGUGAAGUGCCUGUCACGUCUGAUAGAUAUGAAGUAAACUCAGACCCUAAAUCAAGAUGGCAACCUGGGAAUGUCUCUGGAUCAAGUACACCCAGUAAUGUUGUGACCGAUGAUGACAUAUUCUCAAAGAUGGCAUCAUCUAAAACCAGCAGGAAAUAUCAUUUGGGAUUAUCGAGCUCUGAUGCAGAAAUUGACUACAGGAGGGGAAGAAGCUUAAGAGAAGGCAAAGGAGAUUUUGCAUGGCAUGACUAGAAAGUAGAGAAUAAGCAAGCUGCCAGUUGUUAUCUCUGUGUAUUAAUUUAAAGCUUUCUUUGUCACGCUCUUCUUUGUGUUUAUGUGAUUGGUGGCAUGGUCUAACCUGUGAUCUAACCUAAUCUGUCUUCCCUGCUGCUCUUUCAGGUGUGGCCUGAUAUCUCUGAUUGAUGAGUGUAUGGCCUUUGUUCCUAAUUUUCCACUUCUCUAUUAGUCAUAAUAUUUGUUGUCUAAUUAUGUGUGGUAAAAAGCAACCUUUGUCCCCAAUAAGUUGUGAUAUGUUCCUUUUGGAAAAUCAGUUAAGCAA